GAGAGAGAGAGAGAAUAAUUGGCACAUUAAUUUGAGUUCAAUUCUUGGAAAAAUUCAAUUUCAGGUCAGUGAAAUAAAAGAGCUGCAGCCGGAACACUACUUUCCAGCACGGCGAAAUGGAAGACAAAGAGCAAUCGUCGUAUGAUUCCAGCGCCGUUGCUCUCGAGCAGAAGCACGCGGCGAUGCUGGAGCGUCUCGCCAACCGCCACCAGUCCCGCGCCACCGCAAAGCCUGAGCCCAACUCAUCCGGAUCCACACAAUCGUUCCUGUCUCAGUUCUCGCAAUCGAAGCUCUCAAUCGAAGCCCAAAUCUCCCGGAUCCGAACACAGCCGGACCCGCCUAAAAAAACCGACCUGGAGGCGAUCUCCCUCGAAAUCUCCGCCCUCGAGAAGCUGGUCGCGGAGAAUUCCUACUUGCUCCCGCCCUACGAAGUACGUAAUUCCCUCAGCGCCAUCACGUACCUCAGGCAAACCCUAGAUGAGGCAUCCGCGGCCGUCGCUCCGAAGAAGAAAUUCGCCUUCAAGAAUAAAUCAUCGAAGAAGAGUGCCGCCUCAGCGCCAGAUCAGAAGAAUGAAGUCGUUUCUGAAGUGAAGAGUAAUAAGAUCAAUGCUGGAUUGGGGGAGCUAGGGUUUAGGGAUUCGAGCGCUGCUCCCGGGUUCAGGAACAAGGAUAAAGAGGUAUUGGUGAAGGAAUUCAAGAGAGGCGAGCUGGAUGCUCGAAAUGGGGAGUUCACACUGUCGAAUUUGAGGGAUUGUGAGGUGAGAUUGAAGGGUUGUUUGAGGGCAGUGUUUGUGGAUAAUGUGGUGAAGUGCAAGGUUUAUGUUGGGGUGGUUAUGGGUUCGGUCUUGAUCGAGGGAGCAGAAGGGUGCGUGUUCGUGUUGGCCUCGCAUCAGAUUAGGAUUCAUAAUGCAAAGAAUUGUGACUUGUAUCUUCGGGUGAGGAGCAGACCUAUAAUCGAGGACAGUAACGGCGUUAGGUUUGCGCCUUAUUGCUUAAGUUACAGAGGAAUGGAGGAGGACUUGGCAGAGGCAAAUCUUGAUGAGGAAACUGGGAAUUGGGCGAAUGUGGAUGAUUUUCGAUGGUUGAGGGCACUACAAUCUCCUAAUUGGUCACUUUUGCCAGAAGAUGAGCGUGUAGGGAUGCUCAACAUUUCGAAUGCUGAUUGAACAGGUGAUUCUGCCGAUUUCAAAUCGUUUCCUACUAAACAUUUUGGUGGAUCAUUGUAUGGUUGCGAGUUUGAUGUUUUAGUCACUCCAAUUUUGUUCACAAAUCAUUAUUCAAUCCUGUGAACCUUCAGUUUCGUUAUCCCUCUUUCUAUAUGCAGAAGAAGGUUUCUGUGCUUCCCAA